AGCUGCUCCUUGAAAGGAAGUGGGACUGACCCAUGGUGAGGUCACUACGAUUACUCCAACUCUUCCAACUCUUCUGUACUGAGAGGGCCAGCAGUCGUUUCUGUUCUGAAGGAGACAGCGCCACCGAUCUUCAUCAUCAGGACAGUAUGGUCUGGGAAUGCACUUGGCAGCUUCUGCUGACACUCUUCAUUGUGGCAGCGCCUCGACAGCUCCUCGCAGACGACUGUGUCUCGUCCUCUGCAAGCAGUGUUAGCCUCUCUGCGAGCAGCUUCCGCAACCUUACGGGUCACUGGAUAACCAAGGCGGCUCUCAUCCGCAAAAGUAGAAGAGACGUCAGUGAUCUGCUGGCUGAGGAAAGGCCGUUGCAUUACGACAUCGACAUUACCCGUCAAAGUUGUGGUGACGACGAAACCCUGACGACGUUUUUCAGUGUUGUAGCACCCCCUCCCCGUGUUGGUGCCGACUACAAAUUCUUUCCAAAUGUUGGAUACUAUAAGCUGCACACUAAGAAUAUGAACUGGGAAAAUGCUCGGAGAACAUGCGCAAAGGAAGGUGCGCACCUCGCCAUUGUGAACUCUGAGGCGGAAGAAAACGCUAUACGCGAAGUAAUGAGAGCUCACUCGUCAGAUAACUUCGCUGCUUUCAUCGGUUUCCAGGAUAUUCUGAAGGAAGGAGAAUACCUCACUGUCUUGGGUGAACCUCUGAAAUCGAGUGGCCACGUAAGGUGGACAAAGGGGGAGCCCAAUAACGCGAUGUUCCCCGGUUCUCCAGAAGGCGAGGACUGCGGGAAUAUUUACGCAGACGGAACCAUCAACGACUGCAGGUGCACUCUGGAGUUGCCAUUUGUGUGCGAACAGAGUCUCUAAUGCUUGUCGGGGCUGACUCUUUUGUAUCCUGCAGUUAGCUGUGAAUUGCUGAAACUUCAACACCUGCGCUUGGUUGCAAAUUAUGGAAGAAACAAACUGCGUAUCAGGCUUCUUCUGCGAAUAGGAAGAUGUUACAAAGCAAAAAAUAAAAUAAAAAUCAUUUCUUCUUC